ACCUGAGAAUCUAAUGAUGUCUUCUACUAAAGUUCCUGGGGAGUCUGCUAGAGACGUUUUCAAUACUUAAAACUAUGCCUCAAAACGUGUUUUGAGGGCCGUAAUUGUGAAUAGGACACCGAAUUUAGCCUUAGUUUGGUAUUUUGUGAGCCCUCUCCUCCCCACCCCCCCAGGCUAGCAUCGAGUUUAAUGCAGUUCUGCCUCAGCCUCUAAGUGUUCGGAUUACAGGUGUGUAAGCCUCCAUGUCUGGUAGGUAGAUUUUUUGAAUUUGAGUUGGCUAAACAGCGUAAAUAAAUUGCUUACCUUGGAAAAGAAAAAAUGUACACUUUUAAGAGCAACAAGAUUUGGGAACAUAGUAAAUUAAUACAUGUGGAUUUUAAGUAAGAUGGUGGCCUCCGCAUGCUGUUGUAAAAGGACGGUUGGAGAUCAGGCAAAAUCAGAAAUGGCUAUGUUACUCAUGAGUGUGGGGAGACAAAUGAGUUCGCAUAAUCCUUAAAAUAAUGCCCUAAAAUUGAAACUCAGUAUUACCCUUUUUUCCUGUUCCUGUGCUUUUUUAUUUUUAUUUUUUCUCUUUUAUAUUUUAUUACAGCAAUAAAGGCCAAUAAGACAUUCAGGGAAAUAUAUAUAAAAUGUUAUAUAAUUUCAUCAUGUUUAUCCUAAAAUCGGGUCUACUCAAACCAGGACUACCUGAGGGCCUUAAAACCACUUGAGUUUGAUUCCCCAGCACACAGGUAAAUAACCACGCAUGCCUGUAACCUUGGUCCUGUGAGCGGAGCGGAGACCAGAGAAUCCCUGUGGCUCCUGAAAGCAAGUCCAGGUUAAGAAGAGAUUCACUCUCAAGGAAACAGGUCUGAUGAGUGCUGGAGGAGAGUACUUGAUGUUUUCCUCUGGCUCCAUAAGUAUACAUGGGACCCCCACAUAUAUAUACUAUGCAUGGAACACCACAAUACUACACACUCAUGACAAAAAAAAAAAAUCAUGGUUUAAGAGGGGGACAAAGUGGAGAGCCAUCACCUGAUGGUAAGGAGAAUAUAUAUAAUUUGCAUAGAGAAGCUUAUAGACAGUUUGUGUGGAAAGGCACAGGCCCUACAUAGCCAUGUGCAUAUGAAGCAAGUGGACUGGUUUGUAGCAUGUUUUGAUCUAUAUGUAUUUGAAAUGAUUAUAUUUAAUUUUUCUACCACUCCAGUUACUUCUGUGUAUGUAUGUAGGGAGAACAAAUCAGGUGUACUUAGCAAAUUUCAAGUGCACGAGAUAUAUUCCUGGACUCACCAUGCUACCUAUUAAAUCUCUCAGAGUGAUUCCUCUUACAAAUAAAAAUGUGUACGUUUGACUAACAUCUCCCUACUUUCCACAACUCCCAUCCUAUGAUAACUCCUUGUUAGAUUUCGAAUAUGAGUGGGACCACAAGGAUUUUGUCUUUCUGGGUUUGGUUUGUUUCACAUAACUAUACUCCUUAGGUUGAUCUAUGUUGUUGAGAAAUGGCACAAUUUCCUUCUUUUUAAAGAUUGAAUAAUACUCAUUACUUACAUAUCUCACAUUUUCUAUAUUUAUUGUUAGACAUUUAGGGUGAUGAAUAUGACAGUGCACACACAGUGGAUGCUAAAUGAGCGCAUGAUGGAUUCAUUUAAAAAAAAAAAAAACAAAGGAUUUCUUCUCUUGUCUACUCUAGGGAAGCAGAGAAGGAAUGAAAUUAAGCUACAAAAGCGAACAGCCAAAGAGCUGGGAAGGCGGCGCCAUCCCAUCGUUAGGUGCCCCACACCCAUCCCCCUCCACCUUAAGCCCCUCCCCCAACUUUUGGGUAAACCCCUACCGGAUUCUUUCCCAAAAGGCCCGAGUCGCGGCUUGGAUCGCGAUUGGAAGAAAUUACAGGAAGAGGAAACUACAGCCCCUGGACUAAAAUCCCCAUUCUUGCUUCUGAGACGCUACUCGGCCGCGGAGCCAUGGAUGCUGUUGAACUUGCCAGAAGGCUACAAGAGGAGGCCACAUGCUCCAUCUGCCUGGACUUCUUCACGGACCCCGUGAUGACCACCUGUGGCCACAACUUCUGCCGCGCAUGCAUCCAGAUGAGCUGGGAGAAGGCAAAGGGCAAGAAGGGAAAGAAGAAGCAGAAAGGGUCCUUCCCCUGCCCUGAGUGCAGGGAGAUGUCCCCUCAGAGGAACCUGCGGCCCAACCGCCUGCUGAUCAAGGUGGCAGAGAUGGCACGACAGCACCCUGGGUUGCAGAAGCGAGACCUGUGCCGGGUACACCAGGAGCCCCUCAAACUGUUCUGCCAGGAUGAUCAGACCCCCAUCUGCGUGGUCUGCAGGGAGGCCCAGGAGCAUCGGCUGCAUGAGGUGCUGCCAGUGGAUGAGGCUGCCCGGAAGUACAAGCUGAAGUUGGAGGAGGACAUAGGGUUCCUUCGGGAGGAGAUGAUAAAGACAGAAGAUCUGCAAGUCAAGGAGGAGCAAACCUUAAACGAGUGGCAGGACAGAGUGAAGGAGCGGCGGGAACGAAUCCUGGAGGAGUUUCAGAAGGUGGUUCUAUUCCUGGUGGAGGAGGAGCGAAGGCUCCUCCAGGUCCUGAAGAAAGAAGAGGAGGAGAUGGCAGUGAGGCUGCAGGACAGCAGGGCCAUCCUGGACCAGCAGAGCCGCUCCCUGGACCUUCUGCUGCUGCAGCUGGAGGAGAAGAGCCAGCAGGAGCCCCUCCAGAUGCUGCAGGAUGUGAAGGACACCUUGAUCAGGAAGGACAGCCUGAGCCUGCAGUACCCAGAGGUGGCCCUCCCGACGGGGCUCAGGACUGUGUGCAAGGUUCCUGGACAGAUAGAAGUGCUCAAAAGUUUCCAAGAGGAUGUGAUGCCAGAUCCCAGCUCCGCCUAUCCCUACCUCCUCCUGUACGAGAGCCGCCAGAGGCGCUACCUGAGCCCUCCGCCAGAGGGCAGCGCGCCCCUCAACAAGGACCGGUUUCUGGCCUACCCCUGUGCUGUGGGUCAGAAGAGCUUUUCCUCCGGGAGGCACUACUGGGAAGUGGGCAUGAACCUCACCGGCGAUGCACUCUGGGCUUUGGGCGUGUGCAGAGACAACGUGAGCCGCAAGGACAGGGUGCCCAAGUCCCCGGAAAAUGGGUUCUGGGUGGUGCAGCUGUCCAAGGGGAAGAAGCACUUGUCCCUGUUACCUGACUCCAUCCCAGUCACGCUGAUAGAGCCUCCCAGCCACGUGGGGGUCUUCCUGGAUUUCCAGGCGGGCGAGGUGUCCUUCUACAGCGUGAACGACGGAUCCCACUUACACAGCUACUCCCAGACUUCCUUCCCUGGGCCCCUGCUGCCAUUCUUCUGCCUGGGGGUACCAAAAUCGGGCCAGAUGGUCAUCUCCACAGUGACCAUGUGGGUGAAGGGAUAGAGGACUGGGGGCGGGGCAGGCGCUCAGUGCGCGCUGGCCCUCGGGAGGGCGGGUCCCUUCACUCUCCAUGGCCACCUGCCAGGCUUUCUCCCUGUGGCACUGAAAGCAGGGCAGCUUCUCAAAA